AUGGAGGGCGGAUCGCUGUUCCGAGUUGGUGUCGAUGUCGAAUUUUGGCGCGUGCUGAUCCACUUGAGCAUCUUGGCCUUGUGCCUCGUCCUUUUCGAAGCUGUUCUCCACCACGUGGAGCGAAAACUCUCUCGCUAUGACAAGUACCAUCACAUGCUUCGGAAGGCGUAUCGAGAGCUCAUGGCUCUUGGUCUACUGAGCCUUGGACUCAAACUGCUGAAGGAGGUGCCAGGCAUCCACCCUGUCAGCAAGACGAUGCUGGCUUUUCAAGUGGCUGACUUGACCAUCUUCAUCUUUGCCCUUGCUCUCAUUCUGCAAGCCAUUGUUGUCUUCACGCAGCUUCGCAAGCACAACAAAGAAUCCGACCAAAUUGAGUUAAUCACGGCGCAAGACUUGGUCAACGCGAUGCGUCCGCCGGCUGGAACGCCGCCACUAGCAGCACUGGCCCAAACCAGAGCGCCGGUAUGGUUUUGCUGGACGAACAAGUCGACGAAAGGAUUUGACCUGGAAGUCGUCGAGCGCCGACUGCUUCGUCAUUUGUUCCUACGUCGCUUUGGGCUGCCGCAGCUCUUCCCGUUCUCCAAGUACCUUCGUCGUGCUCAAGCCAACCAGAUAUCGCACAUGAUUGAAGUCGAGCCGUCCAUGUGGGUUCUCUUACUUGCAGUGGCUUGGACACUCUGCGGUUUUCUCGAUGUGCUCAAGGAACUGCAAGUUGAUCUACCCGAAAAGCAUGAGCUGGUCGAAGUGUUUGUGGUAUUCGCCUGGGGACUAGUGGUCCUGCACAUCGUAGUGCUGCUGUGCUUCCGCACGUGCGUUCACCAGCUCCUUGUCGCUGCUGGUUAUAGUAAAGAUCAUUCGACGCUAGUUGACAACCUUCAAUCCAUCGCGGAAGAAGAAGCUGCUGCAACGCGGACGGAAGCGGCAGACAGUGCUCUAAGUACCAUGAAUCGAGUACACGAAGUACUGGAAGAGAUCCAGGAUAGUCGCAAUGCCGAACGUCACGUGUUGCUGCGGAAAGACGUCGGACUACAGCUCGUGGCGACUUGUUGCCGCAAAAUCAACCAGCAAACAACGGGAAUCAGCAUCAGCCGAACCCUAAGUGGGGUGCAGCUUGAGAGUCCAGCUAUUCACAUUCGAUUCUUCUCACGCAAGGUGUGGCACGUCACAGUCAUGUUCAUGCUGAUUCUCAAUGGGUUCUUCAUCGCUCUGCUUGUCCAGUGUGCCGUGUACGACCUAAACAACAUUUACAAGGAGUUCGGACUGCUUCAGGCCAUCGUCGUGCCACUCCCUUUGAUCCUCAACACGUUCGUGUUUCAGCAGCGCAUGUUUCGGUACUUUGUGAUCGUCUGCAGCAUCCUUCGCGUGGACGCCAACACGCUGGGUGAGGUGAUCUCGCAUUUCAGCGAGAUUGUGGAGCUGCGGUCGGAGUUUGCCACGUCCUUGCUUGACUGUUUGAAGGAACGAGACUACACGAUCAUCGACUUGCACCGAGAACUCCGCGCUUAUGACCCCCAGCAGACUGGUAUGAUUGACGUGACCAAACUGCGAUCGGUUUUGGCAGUACUUGGCUACCGCUUGACACGCUUUCGCUUCAAUAGUGUCGCAUUGAUGCUCUUCGAGCUCAAUGGCACUCGAGUCGAGUAUGGGCAACUGCUACAUCUAUUGGUUCUGGCACACAACGAAGCUAUCAGUGAUAGUGGUGGACGAACGAGUCAGCGGCGCCAGCACCCGCUCUUGAGGCGAAGUAUCGCGUCCUAUGACGAGUGUCAACGUCCGAGUUCACGAACAAAUCGAUCAAGCUCGGGACAGACAUCACGCGAAGUACCGUUACUGCCCCAACCGAGUUCAGGAAUUGCGCCUGGCUCGAGUGAUUUUGUCAUUUUGGCCACGCCUGGCUCUCGUCGAGUCUCAGUUUCACGCAUAUCCGAGUUCCACGCAAGCACGAAUGUUGAGAAUACCCACGGACGAACUCCGGUUAUACAUCGUAGCCACGCGUAUCAGUUCCCUAGUUCAAGGUCUCGUGGGCAUCACGACGCUUUCAGUUUCUACAAAGGACCGUACUCUCAAGCGAACUCUGCUUUAGUCUAG